UGAUAAUCCCAUGUUGGGCAGAAGAGCUGUUGCAGCCCGAAGAUUUACCUCCUUAUUACCUCCAGGGAUUGAUGACCGCCUGCUAAUAAACAGACAACCAGAACUUACAUAUUUAGUUCAGUACUGCAGAAGAAGGAUAAACAUUGCAAAUAAAAGCAGUUAAACCAUCAACAGGAUUUUAUUUUUAAGAAAGCAAAAUGUCAAGCAGUGACUCAAAGAGACUUGAUGUUUUCAACAGUAUCCUGAAUGGUUGCAUUGGAGGCCUUUACUGUAAUAAUUCCCACCUGUUUUUUCACAACACGAGCCUCAACUUUGGGCUGGAGGGUUUUGAUGAUGAUGGAUCCCCCUGGGGACGGAUAUUCAUCUCUGUGGUUUACUUUGUUGUGGCUACAGCAGGAGUUUUGGGGAACCUGCUUGUGAUGUUCCUGCUGUACUCGACUCACACCAUCACCACAGGCAUCAUCAACUUCUUUGUGUUCAACCUAGCUUUGGCCCAACUCCUCUUCUCCAUGGUCUUGCCUUUUUGGGCCAUAGACAUUGCAAUGGACUACAGCUGGCCCUUUGGCCUGGCCACAUGCAAGGCUGUGUCCUUACUCACUGCACUCAAUGCCUUUGCGAGCUGUUUUUUCCUCACAGCAAUGAGUUUGACCCGGUACUGCUUUGUGGCUACUGCUCUGAGGCCCAGCGCCUCCCUGUGCAGUAGGUCUUGCACUUCUCGGGUGGCCACAGUGUUUAUCUGGGCUGGAGCACUCAUAGCAGCGAUGCCCCGAGGUUUGUUUGCAGAAGUAAGAAGUGUGGGCAACGACACAACAUGCCUACUCCGGUUCCCUGAUGGUACAGCCUGGCUUGGGAUCAACCAGCUUCUGAGACUAGUGCUGGGAUUUCUGCUGCCCUAUGCCAUUAUCAUCACUUCAUACCUGCUCCUGCUGCGCUUCCUCUGUCGGCAUAACCUGAAGGGCAGCAACUCUCGGCGAAAGGCUGAUAUUUCCAAGUCUGUGGCAGUGGUGGUGCUCUCAUUCUGCGCCUGCUGGUUACCCUACAACCUCCUCACACUUUGGGGUGCCUUGAUCCAGCUUGACAUCGUUGAUAUCAGCCCUUCAUUCUACUUGGCUCAAACGUACUUUUUCCCCCUGGCCAACUGCUUGGCUUUCACCAGCAGCUGCCUUAACCCUGUCAUCUACUGUCUGGUGAGGAAGGAGUACCGCGUGGCUCUCAAUAACGUGCUGUUCAAGUUGAGCCUUGCUAUCAUGUCCAAGGUGCCCUAUGGCAUUAAUUCUGAGGAGGGGUCGGAUCAAACUGGGCAGCUGGCCAUCCCUCUCAAUAACAUGUACAGUGAGACAAUUGUGACCAACUCAAAGAGUUACGCCCCUCUGACGGCACUGCCAACAGUGGUGUCCACCAUGUAAACACAAUGAUACAAUUAUUCUCGCCUUUAGUUUAAAGUAACAAACAUAGGGUGUUUUUCUUAAGGUGCUUCAGAAGGACCUGUG